GAGCAGGGGCGGACUGACAACUCAUGGGGCCCCUGGGCAAUAGGGGAUCAUGGGACCCCUGUGUCCUUGCCCAAACUCAAAAAAGCCUAUGAAAAAGGUACCAGGGGCAUCUCAUGGGGCCCCCUACUGACCCCAGGCCCUCGGGCAAUGCCCGAGUUCCCAAAUGGUCAGUCCGUCCCUGUCCCGUAAUAAACAGAAUAAUAGAAAUGGUAAUCAAACAACACAGAGACCACAAGGAUCCAAAACUUUCUUGACAACAUCUUGCUUUUUCCUUUUUACAUCUUU